ACACGGCGUUUCCUCUCCGUAACACACACACACGCAGACUGCUGGAAGAGAGCGAGAGAGGGAGGGAAAAGAGGGGGAGAGAAAGAAAGGAAAUUGAGGAGCAAAAAAAAAAGCCCACCACGAUUCGACUUCUUUGUUUUAGAAAAUCGCUUGUUAAGGCGAAGGGAGGACUGAAGCGAUGACCAACCUUUCCUCAUGACAGCCAUCUUUACAGCCGAAGGUGGUGUGGUGUUUUUUUGGGAUUUCCCCCCCUCCUUCUUCUUCCAGGCUAAUUUAUUUUUUUGGGGGAAGAUCGGGAAGAGCGUAGAGGAGAGAAAAUAAGGCGCUGCUGCUGCUGCUGGUGUAGCUGAUCUAACCCCGCACUGUGAGGUAGGAUGUGGACCGUGUGAGGGGAAUUAGCCUGACUGCAGACCCGGAGAACAGGGGGAAUCUCGGAGCGGGAGCGGGUGUGAGGUGUAUAGCGGUCAUAUCUCUUAUUUUUUUAAUCGUCGUAGCGUUUUCGCUUCUAUCGCUCCCACGCUGUGUGUGGUUUGCUGGUAGUGGUCUGGAGGAGUAUUGACUCCUGUGUUUUCCUCUUUUCCUCCUCCUUGGCUCUGCUGCAGAGGCUGAGGCGCUGCUGUUCUGUUUUGAAGCUAAUCUUCCUCUCGUUUUUUUUGCGAUUGCUGUUCAGGCCCGGCAUGAAUUGGCACCAAAUGUCACAUUAAAUCCGACUCCAGCUCGCUUUAGCUUCGACUCUGUGCCGGUAGAGGUGGUUUUAGAGCGAUAUCCAGCGGUUCUGAGGAGACUAGGGCUGGUUUUAAUGCGUCAGUUUCGCCCGUGUUAUUUUUUUAAGCUGCAUUAGCUCCGCCGAGGCGCCGCUCGACCUCCGAGGAGAACCAGGAGAGAGUUAGACCGACUUAAGUCGUUUUAGGAGCGAGAAAAAGGGGGGCAAACAGCUCGUAAGGAGAUUUCAGAUUAGCCCACCCUAGCUGGAAGACCGUGGGCGGACUUCAAUGUUAAUGUCGACCGACGUUGCAUCCAUCAUGUUACCCGUGGCUCGGGGGAUAAUGGACCGGGACAGGGAGCUGGACUCGGGCGCAGCGGGGCACCAGGGCCCGGCUGCUGGAGCCUCCACCGUCCGCGGGAUGAAGCGCGGAGACCCGGAGCCUGAUGGGCAGAGCGCCGCUGCCCUGGGGGACCCAGUGGGGGCUGAAUGCAAAAGACCACGCAUGGACGGCAACGCAGGAGACAUGGGCCAGAACAACGAUCCCUUGAACAUGGGUUUCCAUGGAUACCCUGCAGCCAGUCAGGGUUCUCAGGACGCUAUGGGGGCUCAGGAAGGCCUCGUCCCGCCGCCCUUCUCUGCCUUCCCUCCCCCUCCUCCUCCACCACCCCAGAACGGCCUGCCGCUGGAGUUCGGGGGCAGCAGUCUGUACGCUACAGGGGGGCAGGGGCAAGUGGAGCCCCCGGCAGGGAUCACUAACCCCCCCUCCGCCCCCAGCACCCUCAACACACAACAGUUGUCAGACGGAUCCCCCCAGGCAGAGGGCCAGUGUGUGUCGGGUGGGGGUUCAGGCGUAUCCGGGGCUGAAGACUCCACUGAUGGCAAAGUCACCCCGAAACGUCUCCACGUCUCUAACAUCCCAUUCCGCUUCAGAGAUCCUGACCUGCGGCAAAUGUUCGGGCAAUUUGGAAAGAUCCUGGACGUAGAGAUUAUUUUCAAUGAGCGAGGCUCCAAGGGCUUCGGCUUCGUGACGUUCGAGAGCAGUGGGGACGCAGAGAAGGCCCGAGAAAGGCUGCAUGGCACCAUCGUGGAGGGCAGGAAGAUCGAGGUAAACAACGCCACAGCUCGAGUGAUGACCAAUAAGAAGCUGGUCAGUCCGUAUGCCAACGGAGAGGGACUCAAUGCUCUGCCUUAUGUAGCUGGGUGGAAGCUGAGCCCUAUGGUGGGAGCAAUGUAUGGCCCAGAGCUCUACGCAGUUCCCGGGUUCCCGUAUCCCACAGCGGCAGCUGCGGCAGCCGCCACUACAGCUGCCACCUUUAGGGGUGCUCACCUGCGUGGCCGUGGUCGGCCUGUUUAUGGUGCCGUGCGCGCAGCUGUCCCACAACCAGCCAUUCCAGCAUACCCAGGAAUAGUGUUUCAGGACACUGUGGUUAGUAGCAGAUUGCCGCAGGGUGGCUACGCAGCAUAUCGCUAUGCCCAGCCGACAGCAGUAGCGGGUCCAACAGCAGCUGCAGCGGCUGCAGCAGCCGCAGCCUACAGUGACAGCUAUGGUCGCGUGUACACAGCAGAUCCCUAUGCUACAGCGCUAGCUGCCCCAGCAGCCGCUGCAUAUGGAGUGGGAGCUAUGGCCACUCUCUACAGGGGAGGGUACAGCAGGUUCUCCCCUUACUAAAUCCAAACCUCCAAACAAACAUCACCAACUCUCCAAAACUUUUAGCAACAGUCAGUCACUUUGGAGCGGAUUUUUUUUUUCUUUCGGGUGGACAAACGGAAAAACAACACACCGCUAAGGAAUGAAUACUUGAGAAAGUACAUCACUACAAGUGUUUUUUUUUUUUUAAUAAAUAAAAAUAAGUAACUGUAAAGAACUUUGAAGCAAGAUGACUGACUGAGGAAUUGCACGACUGAAAAAAAAAAUGGAAAAAAAGCUUGAUUAUUACUUCUUCCUUUGGCACGUUUCUCUGCACAUAUGCAUGCAGUAAUGGCUCUAGAGCGCCUCUAGUGGCCACCAAACUACAUGUGCACAGGGUGUCUGGACUACAACUAUGGACUACAACAACUACGGAGUUUCUACAUCGCUCUUCAGAGUAUCACACUACAUUUAUUAUCCCUAUUGGAAAACACCCUGGCUUCCCGAGAUGGCUGCCCGGGCCGUUUGGUGAACUGCGAGUGGGCGGGUUGGAGAGGUGGGGUUAGGGGGGGGGGGUGCACCACACGAGUCGCCAAGCACGCGAGACUGACCAAACGUUCACGAUCUUUGGUGAGGAAACCGUGACGUUAUUCCACUCAGCAUGAAGGGAGGCGUUCCCAAAGCAUCCGAGAAGAGGAGGAACUGAAAGCGUAAAAGGCGAGACGAAGGUAAAGGCUGUUACAGAUCGCAGGAAUUGCACGGGAUCGCAUACGGGACGAUGUGUUAUAAAUAGCCUACAGAAUCUUGCUUAGAUCUUUUUGUUUUGAUUUCUGUUGUUGAUAUUGUAAAAUUACCUCCGACUUCGAGGUCUUUUUGAAAAGACAUACCUUUAAAAAUUAGUUGUCAUAAUAUGCAAAAUAUACUAGUAUAGAACAAAAAUGUUACCAAACAUUAUUAUUAUUAUUGUUAUUAUUAUUAUUAUUAUUAUUAUUAAUUAGACCAUUUUUGACAUACCAUUUCUGUAAUAUAGUUGUCUUUGUUGGCUCCUAUUUAAGUCAGAUGGAGUGGAAAAUACCAUUUUAAAUCAUGAAUUAUCAAUUGAUCCCAGUUUAGGUAAAAAGUAAAAUUAUGCUAAAAGCUUAUUUGGCUGUAUAAUGAAUCCGGAAAUCUUGUUCACAUAAGAAUAGUAUUUGUUUGUUUGUUUGUUUGUUUUUUAAACAAGAUUUGACAAAACCCUCAUUGGAUUAUGGGCGCAUGUCCUUUUUUACGUCCGUUUUGUCAAAUAUGCAAUUUCCAAACAUUUCAGAAGGUGAAAAGAGGCGAAUGGAAAUUUCUUCAGCUAUUUUAAAAGUAAACUACACUUUAGUAUUUUUCUUGCUUUGCUUAAGUGUCUCUUCUCUUUCUUCUCAAUAUUUGAUAUUUUUGUCUUUUGAAAAUGUUUCAGUUCCAAAGAUUUGUGAAGCACAUUUUUUUGGUUAUAUGUAUGAGCCUAUGGUCAUUUUUUUGUUUUUGUUUUUGGCUUGUUUUAUUUUUGUAUCAAUAGAUUUUAUUGUUUUUGUUUGAAGUGGCUUGCUGGUUUAGUUUGGAAAACACUUUGAAUUAAAAUUUGCUGUGUCUUCUGUGCCAUUUGACAUCCAAUUCGCAAGCUAAUUUAUUAACAAACUUCGAUCAGGUUAUUUUCUUGUGGUCAGGAUAUACCAAUGUACAUUCUUCGUCUGGUGCAAGAGUCAUAUUUCAGUACUUUUUCCAGGAGCGCUGACCAGGGGUAGAGAAAAGCACAGCUUUUACGGACUGUGAGGGAGCUGAAUACAGUGAAAAAAUGUGCUGGUGUUGCUUCUUAGCCAACACUAAAACUGUAGGUAAGGAAUAGAACACAUUUCAUAAUUGUGAGGUUUUUAGUUGAUGGAAUGCCCUGCAUUUUUGUUCCUCUCCGUUUGGCGUAGGGGGUUAAAUUAUAUUCCGCUGUCUAUGAGGCUCGUGGAAUGUUGUAUUAAGAUUUAAGAAAAUUCCGGCCUUCUCUCUGGAAGCUCAGUGAGAUGGAAGGGUGUUGCUUUUUUUUGUUUGUUUGUUUUGUUUUUCCUGUCCAUUAGGUACUUUGCAGUCUAUGCACUAUAUUUCUCAGUGUUACCAAGAAACGAACACCUCAGUACCUGCGAUCUGCCCCCCUGAAUUUUACCCUUUUAGACUGUCCCAAGGAGCUGCAGAGUUGCAUUGGAUGAGGAAGUGUGUAAAUCUGGUCCAUUUUUGGUCUAUACUCAGUGUUGAAGGCUAAAGCUACUCUGUGCGCACUUCAGCUGGACUCAGACCUGAACACUUCAGCUAGUGCCAGCUGAGAACUGCAGUCUGAGCUUUGGAGGAACGUUCAAGGUGUUUUCAGACAGCUAUGGGGGAAGAGGAGGAGGAGGAGAAGAGUUCCCAUAAUGACAAAGGAUGCGCUCGUCUGUUUGUUGGAUCUGCAUGUGGAACACAGGUUUUAAAAAAUGUCCAGUCGUGCAGUCAGGAUGGGAAAGACAAACGGCUGCCCACCUUCAGUAGUGUUCCAUUCCUAUUAUAUAUCUCCUUUCCAUCUUUGCACAUUAUUAUAUGAUACAUGUUAUGCAUAUUAUCCUUUAGUUUACAAUGUGAGUGUGUUUUUGGUUUAAACUCUUCCUCUCUGCAUACUCAGAUGCCAUUUGUGAUGUAAUUUGUAUCUGAAUGUCCAUAUAAACAAUUUUUUAAAAAUAUA